AUGGAUAUCGCGACAAAUCUCUCUUUUCGGCUCGAGUCUCUCGAGGUCGACGAGCCGUGGAUUGUAGAGAAGAUAAAUUUCGAAAUGUUGGUCGAGUAUCUCCAGCCAUCCAGCACGACAUCGCCUACCGCGGCUGCCAGGAGCAUCGAUAGCCUGACCCCAAUGAAGCGAGACUUUAUAGGCACCAGCUUUGGGGAAAAGGAGGAGGCAGAGAGUCACAUGUGGGAGAUCUGGGGUCUCUUUAUCGCUAUGGCCAAGCAAGUUCCCCAUGACCAUCCAUCUAUGAAUCGUUUGGUUGCAUUGGUUUAUGCACUUUCCGAGCUUCCUCCUACGACUGUGAAGAUUUGGACUCGAGAUACCGACAUCUGGACUGACCUCCCAAUGCUGGGCCCGAGUGUUAGAGAAGCCUGGAUUAGUCCCGAAUGUACUCACCGCAAUCGAACAUCUGAAGGGAAAGCGGAAUGGGUCAACUUCAACUCCUUCGCUGCACGUCUAUUAAACCAUGAUAUGGUGUCAUGGUUUACCCUGACUGUUUGGUCACUGCGUGACGCACUAGAAAAAAAUCCACGAGAGUGUCUCCUUGACUGUAACGUCGCUGCGGCUGCUCAGUGGAUUAUUCACAGUGGUGAAGUGUUAUUCUCUUUCCUUGAAGACGACGAAGCGGAGUCGGAGACUGAUAGAUACUGGACGGGGCCCUUAUGGAAAGGAAAGGACACUCUUAGCGUCAGCCGUUGGGAAUUUUGGAAGCAGCGUUUUAGUGAAAUUAGUGAUAAGGAGACUGGGCAGGCUGGGUCAGCGGCUGAGAUGGCCAGGCAAAAGAUGGAUGAGAUUAAAAAGAAUGGUGUACAGAGGGAGGAAUAAGAUACCUGGGGUGUAUAGAUCUCUUCUGCAACAUAGCAGUCCGGAAGAACGACGGGCCUGCACCAGUCUAUGACAGCUUUUACCUUGAUACCAAUCUCAACCCU